AUGUCUGCAGGAUACUUCCCAAAACGUGAGAAGGUUGGACUUGAGGACCUCUUCAAAGGCCUCGUCACUGCCUCCCACAUACUCCACCGCCAUGAAGUCCUCGACGCGUACGGGCACGUCUCCGUGCGGUCCCCAGAUAAUGCCGCGACCUUCUGGAUGCCUUGCAAUAUGCCGCCUGCUCUAGUGAGCUCGCCUGGCGAUCUUGUCGAGUAUCAUGUCGAGUCCGCCGAACCUGUCGAGAAUUACGCGAAGCCGGGCUACAUCGAGCGUCAUAUCCACAGCGAGAUAUACAAGCGUUUCCCAAAUAUCAACAGCGUUGUGCACAGUCAUGCAAGCGAUGUGUUGCCCUACUGCAUCAGUGGCGUACCUCUCAAGAACACGAUACAUAUGGCUGGCUUUUUAGGUACAAAUGUUCCGGUGUGGAACUCGUCCGGGUCAGACUUCCUCGUCCGCGACUCGAAUCUCGGUGCAUCCCUUGCGGCAACAUUCAAACCGGCGACAUCAGCUGGAUUUGUUUACUCAAAGGUCCGAUCGGCUCUCCCGGGCGCCAAACCUGAACCAUCGCUCCAGCCCGAUCACUCGACAGUCCUGCUCCAAGGACAUGGCUUCACGACGUUGGCGCAUGGCAUCGAAGAAGCUGUCUAUCAAGCGAUAUACACCAAAGAGGCCGCCAAAGCCCAGACGACAGCACUCAUCAUUAACAACGCCCAUUUUAGCCACUCGUUAGAGGGUAAGAUCGAUAUUGAGGCGGGCGGGAGGAUAAUGUCUCGAAAAGCGAAGGGAGAAGGCGACCUGAAGUACUUGACCGAGAGACAAUCCCACGACACGUGGGAAUCCAUGCAAGCGACAGUAUCAAGGCCGUGGGCACUUUGGUGUCGAGAAGUGGAAAUCAGUCCGCUUUAUAGAAACGACUGUCCAAAUGGCGAGGAUUGA